AUGUUGAUUAAAAAUAAAUUGGAUAUUGUGUUGAUAGUGAUUCUUAAGUUGAAACAUUUUUAUAUUUUCAAGUUUGGAUAUAUUUAUUGGAAGGAAUUAAUUGGUGUCAUGGAUCAGGUAACAAGCAAGGGUAGUGGUGAAAUGUUGGAUCAUGUUGAGAAAGGGGUUAAUGAGAGUUUGAGUCAUUUAGUUGAAGGAGUUGCAACUGAUGCAGGAGCUGGACAUAGCUUGGGUGGUAGGGUUAGUUCAUGCGGUGAAGAUCGGAAUUCAGAAGAGUUGUGCAAUGAUCUUGGGCUGAAUGAGGAGCUAAAUGAGAGACCUUUAGAAGUUAAGGAUCGGAAUCCAAACUUUGGUGGUGAUCCUGGAAAAAUCAACGAUGGAUUGCACGGGGUUGAUCAAGGGACUAGUUAUAAUUCACGUGAUUUGGUUAAUGGAGAAGCACUUGAGACCCGUGUUGUAAUAGAUUCUUCCACUCAGGUUGAGUCUGGCGAUGGUGAUAGCAGAAAAUUAGAAGCUAAAACUAAUGAAUCAAGGUUGAACAAGCUAUCAAUUAAAGCGACGAAAGGUGUGUCUGAGACUGAUAAAAAUUCGUGUGUGAUUGAUGUGAAUUGUGGCAGCGGCAAAGAUUUUAGUGAGAAUUUGGAUGGGGAAACGAUUUGUAGGAUUUGCCAUCUUGCAUCUGGGCAACCAUUAGAAGAAACUGCUGUUGGAACUCCAAAUAGUGCUGAUGAUAAAACAGGUUUGAUUAUGCUUGGUUGUGCAUGUAAAUCUGAGCUAGGAAUUGCACACAGUCAUUGCGCUGAGGCAUGGUUCAAGAUUAAAGGAAACAGGUUGUGCGAAAUAUGUGGUGAGACUGCAAAGAAUGUUCCCGAUGUUAUUAAUAAUGGAUUUAUGGAAGAAUGGUGUGAAAGUGGAUUCAUCGACAGUGGCAGCACUAGCAACUCACCCCGUGGAUUGGUUGGAUGCUGGCGCGGGCAACCAUUCUGCAACUUCUUGAUGGCGUGCCUUGUAAUAGGUUUUGUUCUACCAUGGUUCUUUCGUGUAAAAAUGUUCUAG